AUGGCCGCAACACAGUUAAAUAAUUCUCUCGCUCUGUGUUUGUUCCCUUGUCAUUUAUACUGCAGUUAGAGUUUGUAUACAAAAAUAAUGCGAGAGAUAACAACUUAGAGCAACAUCUACUUUAAUAAUGAUUACGAGGCUGAUAAUAAUUGUUCUUCUGUCACCCGUCUUCGGAAGAACUGUGUCAGAACCCAAGUACUAUUGGAAAACAGGAGAAUGGGGCUCCUGCUAUGUACCAGAAGGAUGCGGAGAAGGAAGUCGAGAGCGCCCUGUUUGGUGUGCUGAAAAGAACUCAGGUAAACCUUCCAUUGAAUACUUCUGCAGAGCUUCAGAAGAACCAAUGAGAAACAAAAAAUGUUUCGUAGCUUGCAGACACCACAAAGACCAUCUAGAAUGGAAAACUGGGGAGUGGGGUCCUUGUACUGUGCCUGGAAGUACUGCAGAAGAACUCAGCAGCAGUUCCGAAGAGUUAGUUGAAAGGAGAGGAACUAUGGAACGAAACAUCUCCUGUGUUUUAACCUCCCAUGAUGUAUCGGUUUGGAUGACGAUUGAUGAAGACAAUUGCUUAAUUCUUGGUAAACCACCAGCUAAAAGCAGUGAGUGUUUUCUUCCAGCUAGACAAGAAUGCAUUCUCACUGAAUGGUCUGAUUGGACACCUUGUUGUGGAUCCACCAGGCACAGAACUAGGAGUGUUCUUGUUGCUCCUCAUUAUGGUGCAAAGCCAUGCCCCCAAUUGAGUGAAUGGAAAUCAUGUGAUGAAGAAGAGGCAGAUUGCAGAAAACCAGAGCCUGGAACAAGGAUUAGGGUAGAGAAAUGGGGUGAAUGUAAGGUGAAUGGUGGUUCCUUGUGGGAUGGAGAAACAGCUGGGCAUGCUGACAACUACUACAAACACUGGCCUCAAGUGGGAACCCAAACGAGAGCUAUCACAUGUUUGAACACACAAGGGCAAACUUUAGACUGGAGUGAAUGCGUAGGAGAGCAUGGCGAGGUAGGCCUGCCCACAAGAGAGAGAGCUUGUAUAAUUUCCCAAGACUGUGCUGUCAGUGAAUGGUCUGAUUGGAAAGUGAUCCAGGAAGGAUGCAUUGAUCCCAAUGGCAAUGAAUGGGCCGAUGUAAAAGAGAGAAGAAGAGAAAUAUUGAGACUGCAUGAAGGGCAAGGGCAAAUCUGUCCUCAUCUUGUUGAGACCAAAACAACAACUACCGAUCUACCGCUUUGUUCCCAUAAUUAUAGAUGGGUAACAUCAAAGUGGAGUGCUUGUACAUUACCUGGUAUAAUGGGUAUAGUUGUUUGCGGUGGAGGUUUACAACUUCGAAACAUUACCUGUGUAAAGGCAGAAGGUGGUCAACCACUUCCUCCAGAAGCCUGUAGGAAUCUUCAGCCUCCUCCAACAGUUCAGAGGUGUGAAGUGGCCUGUCCACGUGACUGCGAAGUAAGUGAAUGGGGUCCUUGGGGCCCUUGUAAACCAUUUCCAGAUAUUUGUUCAACACCACCAAAUGAACAAGCUAAACCCUUACCUCAUAAAGGAGAACGAGUUCGAGAAAGAACUGUACUUGUGGCUCCUAGUGCUUUGGGUCUUGGCUGUCCCAGCUUGAUUGAAGUUCAACCCUGUCUUUAUCCACGUUGCUUUACCUGGAGAACAGGUGCAUGGUCUUCCUGCUAUUUGCCUUCACACGGCCUCAAAUGUGGAACAGGUGUUCGGAACAGACAAGUUGUUUGUGUUACUCACUCUGGUGAUCCAGUUCCUAAUAAUUUCUGCACUGAAAUUCAACCUGAAGAAGAAGAACCUUGCCUCCUACCUUGCCCAUUUGACUGUGUUGUAUCAGCUUGGUCAGACUGGACUCCAUGUUCGCAACCAUGCUCUACGCCAACAAGCAUGGCAUUAAGAUCCAGAAAUAGGACAAUUAUUGCCCCUCCAGGACCAGGUGGACAGGCUUGCCCAGAUCCAGAUGAAAUGAUGCAAAUUGAAGCAUGCAACACGCAUGGCUGUCAUGGCUACAGUUGGAUGACAUUACCAUAUCAAGAGUGCAAUGGAACCUGUGACAGAGAGGGCUAUCAAACCAGAGAAGUUUGGUGUGCUGAAAACCAACAAUUUGUUUCUCCAGAAAAAUGCGCAACCUUGAGAAAACCUGCUGAAACUAGACUAUGUACAAAAGAUUGUCCUGCUGAAUGUCAAGUUUCUCCUUGGUCAGAAUGGUCUGAAUGUAACUCCCAUAUUUGCUACCCUAAUGGCAGCAGAGGAGAUGCUUCCAUCCAGACAAGAUAUAGGGUAGUUCUUGAAGGUGAAAACUGUGGUCCUCUCACUGAAAAAAGAGACUGCCCAUUACCGACAGAACCGUGUCCUUCUUACAGUUGGUCAGCUGGAAACUGGUCUCAUUGUCAAUUGGCUGCUGGUGUUCACUGUGGACAUGGCUUAAGAACAAGAGAUCUAUGGUGUAUAAAAGAUGAUGACACCAGGGUGGAACUACGGCAUUGCCUGGUAACUGGAACACCCAUCCCUCCUAGUAUUCAAAGGUGUCAUGCAGAUUGCCACACACCAUGCCAACUGACUGAGUGGUCUAGUUGGUCUCCUUGUAAGCAACCUUGUUCUGGGGUAAAAAUAAGAACCAGAGAGCUUAUAGGAUUAUCUAAUCAACAUAAGUCAUGUAGAGACCUGUCUUUAAUAGAAAGAAUGCCAUGUCCUUGUGCUCAAUAUAAUUCAUUGCCUCUAUCUGAUUGGUCAACUUGUCUUACUAAUGAAAGCACACCUUGUGGAACUGGAACUAGAUAUAGGGCUAUGGGAUGUUUUGAUCAGAGAGAACAAAUGGUAGAUCCAAGUCUUUGUGGAGGGAGCAAUGGUCUUGAAGAGGAACCAUGUUUUGUCCCCUGCCCAGUGGAUUGUCUCUUUAGUGAAUGGACUGCUUGGAGUGAAUGUAGUACUCAGUGUGGACCUGGUAUUCAUAAUAGAACUAGAAAGAUAUUAAGGAAGGAUUCAUAUGGUGGACGAGUUUGUGGAAAUAUUUUAGAAACUAAGAUAUGUAAUACUCCAUGUGAUGUAUUUCAAUGGCGAGCAGGAGGAUGGAGCGAGUGUCAACUCCUUCCAUCAGAUAAACAUCUGGGCUGUGGAACAGGAGACCAGUAUAGACAAGUGAAAUGUGUUGAUUCCCGAACAAAUAGUGAAUCUUUGGAUUCGCUUUGUGACUGGACAGUGCGGCCAGCUGACAUUGCUGCAUGUCAUGUUGCCUGUCCUGGUGAUUGUGUUCUUGGACCUUGGUCAGACUGGUCUCCUUGUCCUAAGGGUUGUCAAGGAAACAUACCUCAGCAAAGAACUCGGUCACUUAUGCGAUCUGCAGCAUCAAGUGGAGCCAACUGUCCACAACCAAUACAAACACAAAAUUGUGAAGUUAAUAUAACUUGCUUUACGUAUCGGUGGGUAGUUACAAACUAUUCUUCAUGUAUGCCUCUUGGAGGAAGUCCAUGUGGCGAAGGAAUGGCCACCAGAGCAAUCUACUGUCUCCGUUCCGAUAAUAGACCUGUGGCUGAUAGCUGGUGCACAGACAUCCCAAAACCUAAUCCUGCAGAAAAAUGGUGUUACACUGAUUGUCCAGUUGAUUGUCAGAUUGCAGGUUGGAGUGAGUGGAAUUCAUCUCAAUGUUCAUGCGGACAAAGUGGUAUGAGCCGACAUGCUUUAAUUGGCACAAAUCCUAGCACAUCUGGCAGAAGUUGUCCAGUUUUGUUACAAUGGAAACCUUGUCCAGCAGUACCCUGUUACAGUUGGCAAGCAGGACCUUGGACUUCUUGCCAACUGCAUGGUGCUUCUUGUGGUCAUGGACUUCGGACUAGAAAUGUAUCGUGCAUUCGAGGAAAUGACAACGCAACAGUUGAAGCCUGGUAUUGCUCUGGUACGAAAAGACCUCCAACUUGGGAAGCUUGUCAUAGCCCUUGUGAUAGUGACUGCCAAUUAUCUACGUGGUCAGAAUGGUCCCAUUGUCAUGCUGAUUGCAGUAAAGAAACAACAGGGUAUGAAACAAGAUCAAGGGCCGUUAUCAGGCCUCCUCAGUCAGCCGGAGCAGAACCUUGCCCAGAAGCUCUAUGGGAAACAAGAUCUUGCAAGCCUCAACCUUGCUACACAUUUGACUGGACAGUGACUGCAGCAGGGGUUAUAAUCUGUCAGCGUAAUGAUGGCUUGAGGGUAGAAGGAGGUUGCAAUGGAAAAGUGAAACCCAAAUCUCCAUUAUGCCAGUGGGAUAAAGGCAAAUGUAUUUGCGAAGAUGGUGCUGUCGUAUUGCAACAAACAGCAUGCCCAUCUGAGUCCAAUGCUGUACAUGCCAGUAUAUACUACCCAAACGAUGAUUUGAGUGUCUGGAUGUUUGCUGUAAUUGGUGUAGGGUGUGUUUUCAUUAUAUUUGUCUCAAUUUCCAUCUUUUUAUUAUGUCAUUCAGCAAAAGAGGCGAGUAUGGGAUACCAACCAGCGAAACAAUAGCAACUAAUAGAGGAGGAAGGAGAGGAGGAUCCAAAAGAAUUGAGUGGAAAUUGUUACAGAUUUAGCUACUAAUAAUUCUUUUCAAAAAUUAUAUAAUAUUUUUCUUUUUUUAAGUGUUUAUUAUUAACACUAGAAUAUCCUUUUUUUUUUUUUUUUUUGUAU